GGCCCUGUGCCCCUAAUAAUAUUGUCAAGCUCCGCGUGCAGGAGAGUUCCUUGCAAUGAUGCAUUCAUCAAUGAUUGCUGAAGUGAAGAGAGGACAGUUAGACCCACGCGGUAUCCUGUCUCAAAGUCUUCAGUGAUCGGCGCGUUUAUAGACGUACAUAUUAAUGGAAGUCGUUGUCCCAUAAUGCCAUAUCCCGACAAGUAGUUAUUUGCAUCUAGAUAAACCAUCCGUUGACUUGCACUGCCUUGAACCAUGUUGCUCUCGAGCGGUUGCGCUUGGGUGCUGUGGGCGGCGUGUGCCUGCCUCGUUCACAGCUUGGAGUCCGCGCCGUGGACGCAUCAAGCGCACACCUCCCCGGCCAGGCCUGAGCUGAGGAAUGACGAAGGCUGGCAGAACAUCUGGGUGAUCCCGCACACGCACGACGAUGUGGGCUGGCUGUCGACGGUAGACCAGUACUACAUGAACGAAGUGCAGUGGAUCCUGGACACGGGCGUGCAAUGUAUGGCGGACAGUCCGUGCUACGGAACAGAGAGGCGGUAUACGUACGUUGAGAUGGCCUAUUUGUAUCGCUGGUGGAAUGAGAGGCCAGAGCCCAUACGCCAGCGACUGCGCAGCAUCAUACAGGCUGGCCUACUGGAGCUGAACCUGGCCGGGUGGUGUAUGAACGAUGAGGCAACCACAUUUUACACUGACGUCAUCGACCAGAUGACUGAGGGCGCACUAUUCGUGAAGGAUGAGAUUGGAGAUUUCGCCUCUCCUAAUGUUGGCUGGCACAUUGACCCAUUCGGACACUCAUCGGCCACAGCCGCCAUGUGGGCCGAUAUCGGCUUUGAUGCCUUCGGUCUGAACCGAAUCAACUUCAACGAUAAAGACCACCGCAAGCAGUCUCAAACCCUAGAGGUGGUGUGGCGCGGCUCGAAAAGUCGAGGUGCGGAAAGCGACAUCUUUGUGCAUAUCCUUGCAGAGAGCUACCAGACGCCUCCGGAGAUGACGGUGGACAGCAUUUCGCCCGUUCCCCAAAACGACCCCACUCUUCCUACGUACGGCGUGAACAUGGUGGGGAUAGGUGAGGGAGUUGCGAAGCAGGCGGCUUUGCGAAGGCCCUUCUUCCGCCACAACAACAUACUUCUGCCGUUCGGCGACGACUUUGAUCAUCAAAAUGCUUACAAGAGCUUCCAGCAGAUGGACAAGAUCGUCGAGUACAUCAACAGCAAUUCCAGCCUGAAGUCCACGAUACGCUACGGCACGUUUGGCGAGUACAUCCGCCACCUGAACACGCUGAACAUCACUUGGCCGACGUACGAAGGCGACUUCUUCCCGUACAUCAGCGGACACAUGCAGUAUUGGACUGGGUAUUAUACUAGCCGCGCCUACCUGAAAGGUUUGGUGCGGUCGACGUCGGCCGUACUGCGCGCCGCCGAGAUGCUCUACUACACGGCCGAGAAGCAGCAGCCAGGCAGUAUGGGACGUGACGAGCUCGCACAGCUGGGCGUCAUGCGCCGAGCCAUGGCCACGCUCCAGCACCACGACGCCGUCAGCGGCACGGAGAGGGACGCGGUCGCCACCGACUACAUGAUACAGCUGCAGCAGGGCCGCGACGAGAGCGACAAGCUGAUACGGCGUGCCCUGGCCGCGAUCCGGGGCAACGUAACAGCACCGCCGGGAGACUUCGAGGCAGGUGAGGAGGACGAGACGUUCACGCUGUACAACUCCUUGGCUUGGCCGGUGGAUACCGUAGUCGCAUUGCCCAUCAACAGUACCCACUAUGAAGUACUGGCGGAGAAGGGAAAAGCCAUUGAAGACCUGCAAAUCGUUCCGACUCCCAAGUACAGCAAGGAUUACAGCACGGCAGCCUAUUCCGUAUACUUCAAGCCUGGCGUGAUCCCCGCGCUGGGAUACCGGAUGGUGACGUUGAGAAAGACAAGCGGUGCACCCACAGGACAGGUUACAUACGGGCAGGAAGUGCCGGCGGGACACGACAUCACCAUUUCAAACUCUUACUACAAACUGAUCUUCAACGGCACCACUCAUGAACUGUCCACGUUGACGUCGGCUAAUGGUCGUAGCGUUGCACUGAAUCAAGAGUUUGCACAGUAUACCGGGGCAUUCCUGGUGCAGCUUGAUCAGCCGAGAAGUGGCGCGUACAUCUUCAGACCACAGCCGGGCAAUCGCUCGCCGACGACAUACGUCACCAAUCGCAUAGCCAUGGACCAGUGGAAAUUCCUCGAUGGGCCGCUUGCCGCGGAUAGUCCGCAGGUGAAAUGGCCUCUUGUCUUGGUCUCAGGGCACACUCCCAACUUCGAGAUUCAAGCCUCGGUGUACACCGUGUCGACACUGAUGACCAACACAACCGAUACAAACUUUGUCAUGUGCCGAGUCGACCCGCCAGAAUCUAUCAAUCCUCCUCCAAUCAUCCAUGAAGAGGUUAGCACUGACUAUCUGGUUCUGGACGACACCGGUCCCUUGGAAAAAGUCAAGGGUGAUUGGCAGUCCGGCACAGCUCUUGUUCAUAAUAGCUCCACGUGGUGCAGCGCGGUCGAAGUACAAUUCCCGUCCACGUUCACUCAAGCGCCGCUAGUAUUGGCCUCCACAGAGGUGCACUCGGCCAUGGACAGCGUCACGAGCAAGUUCGCGCCUGCGUUCGCCGUUACCGUGACUGCCUCGUCCGUGUCGUCCGCGUCAUUCAACGUGUGCCGAGCUGACUACCUGCAGAACCCUGCUCCCUGGGACGACACCGUGUAUGUGAACUGGUUUGCCAUGGACAGGGAUGCCCAGCUCCCACCGACGCAGCGCAUGGGCACAAAGAGCAACAUACUUGGGCCGCCGCUGGGAACGGUUGCCCAGUUCAACGUGGACUUUAUGCAGAAGUUUCCCGUGUUCGAGGCGUCCGUGAUUGUCACCGUCCAGGCCAGGGGUUCCAGAGCGUUUGCCGUUUCCACGGCGGUGGUGACCGGGGACGGUUUCCUGGCCAGCGUGUGCGCCUUAGACGAGCUUCCAGGCAACUGGGACAGCAACGAUGUGACGGUGAAUUGGUACGCGUUCGAGCCCGAAGAUAUCCAGGCAGCGGUGAGUGCAAAUGCGCCGACCACUGAAGUCGUGAAUGGACCGCUGGUCAGUGAAGUGCGGCAGACCUAUCGAGAUCGGUACGCCAUAACAACUCGCCUCUACCAUGGCGAGUCGGACUACCUGCACAAGGUGGAGCGUGUCUACGAGAUCGGAGCGCUCGACACGGGCCGAGAGCUUGUGACUCGCUUCAAGACGGACAUUGCCACGGAUUCUUGCUUCACGGACGACAACGGACUCGAGAUGGUGAACAGGACGUACAGCCGUUUCGUUGAAGACGACAUAGCCGGCAACUACUUCCCAAUGGUGAAGGCAGCGGAGAUUCGUGACAAAGCCACUGCCAGUAGACUGGUUGUCAUGGGCGACCGAUCGCACGGUCUGGGUUGCCAUGGAAAUGGACAAUUCGAAAUAAUGCUGCAGAGACGGACGGUCGGCGAUGACAACUGUGGGCUGAACGAAGCAUUGAAUGAAGUCGUAUCGAUACAACCCCGCCUCUGGAUGGUCUUUGAGAGUGAUGACGUGGCCGUCAAGCUCCGUCAGAAGCUCUCGCUUCAGCUACAGUAUCCAAUUCAUAUUAUACAGGAAACCAAGCCAGUUCACCUGCACACGUUCUCCGCCCUGACCCAACCUUUCCCGGACAGCAUUAACCUCUUGCCGCUGAAGGUGCGCAACUCAACACAGCUGCCCUCGAAGUUCAUCCUGCGCGUCGAGAACCUCUACGAAAUCGAUGACCCCGGCUCACCAGCAUCUGUGCUGCUUGCCCUGAAUGGCACAUUUCCCAGUAGUAUGCAGCCAAAGAUUCUUGAUGAAACUAAUCUUACAGCCGAUCGGCUGAGGAGUGCCGUGAAGCGCCUCAAAUGGAAAACUCAGGGUGAUCGAAUGCAAGAUGAAGCAAAUUCUGAGUCGGAGUACGACGGCACACUAACUCGGGACAGCGAAGACGCGGCCACCAUUACCCUUGGACCACGACAGAUGAAAACGUACAUCGUUACUUAAAGUAUUUAUUUUACGAAUUUAAUACGCCAGUUGAGAGUGGCGACGAGGCUGCUGCGGCUGUGACUCGCUACAGAACACUAUUGCAAGACAAUGGGGAGCCUAACUAACUUUGCACCGUUCAAAGCAUAUAAAUAAUUAUUGUUUAUAGUUCAUACCAAGUGACUCAUUUAAAGGACCGUGCUUAUAGCAAUGAAAAAAUAUCAAUUGUGCACUCAUAACCAUGUAUAAACAAUUAAAAUAAAAC